AUGGGGAAAGAGGGAGAUGUUUCUGAAAACACCAUACCUCUCCAUGGACGCCCAUUGACUCGUGCUUUCGCGUGUGCUCUGCGUGCUUCUUCUAAACUGAUAACAUCUUCAGAAGUUGCUGCUGCUGCUACAACAACACAGAUCAAUCAGACACAACGGGUUUCGAGAUCAAACAGUAAAAGAACAGCCUUUGAUGAUGAGAAUAAGAAAGCGAAUGCUACUAAGAAGCGAGCUGUUCUUAAGGAUAUCACCAAUGUUACCUGCGAGAGUUCUUACAUAAGUUGCUUCAAUGCAGCUAAAGCUCAGGUGGAGAAUAUCAGACAUAUAAAGAAGGGACGAGCAAGUUCUUCAAAAGUUGCAUCUUCUUCUGAUACUUCAGAAGUUACAGAUGCAAAAGUUGAAGUUGUGUCAUCAAUUUCAGCAGGAGUAAGCUUGUCCGGUUGUACAAACGAAGCAUCUUCUAGUUUCGGUUUGCCUCCAAGACCCCUUGGGAGAUCAACUUCUACAGUUGAGAGAAGCUGUGUUGGAGGAAGUAGCCCCAAAUUCGUAGACAUUGAUUCAGAUGAAAAGGAUCAUCUACUCUGUAGCCUUUAUGCACCUGAAAUCUACUACAACCUGCGUGUUGCUGAGCUUAAACGCAGACCAUUUCCUGAUUUUAUGGAGAGAACUCAAAGAGAUGUGACUCAGACAAUGCGUGGAAUCCUUGUUGAUUGGCUUGUAGAGGUGUCAGAGGAAUACACACUUGUACCAGACACUCUCUACCUCACAGUGUAUCUCAUAGAUUGGUUUCUCCAUGGAAACUACAUGGAAAGACCAAGACUUCAAUUGCUUGGCAUCACUUGUAUGCUCAUUGCAUCAAAAUACGAGGAGAUAUGUGCGCCACGGAUUGAGGAGUUCUGCUUCAUCACGGAUAACACUUACACAAGAGAUCAGGUCCUGGAAAUGGAGAGCGAAGUGCUAAAGCAUUUUAGCUUCCAAAUUUACACUCCCACUUCAAAAACAUUCCUAAGGCGAUUUAUCCGAGCAGCUCAAGCUUCUUACCUGAAUCCAAGUCUGGAAAUGGAGUUUCUAGCGAAUUAUCUUACGGAAUUGACGCUAGUAGACUAUCAAUUCUUGAAGUUUCUUCCUUCAGUCAUUGCUGCUUCGGCUGUUUUUCUUGCCAAGUGGACAUUGAACCAAUCAAGCCACCCUUGGAAUCCAACUCUUGAGCAUUAUACAACGUACAAAGCCUCCGAUCUCAAAGAAUCUGUUCAGGCCUUGCAAGAUCUACAGCUUAACACCAAAGGAUGCUCCUUAAACUCUAUACGCAUGAAGUAUAGGCAAGACAAGUUCAAAUCGGUGGCGGUUUACACUUCUCCAAAGCUACCUGGCGAGCUAUUCUGA